GCGUGUGCAACGUCGGCGUAAGAUAAACUUGCCGCAAAGGGUCAUGUGCGCCCGUCACAGCGAGCUCCUGAGCAAACGCGCGCACAGAACACAGCGAAACAUCGGAAAGGCGCGCUCAGCCGGACCAUGGUCCAGACUGCGGACCGUGUCCCGCCUUCGCAGUAUGUAUGUACUGCACAACAUGGAGCGCCGAGACCUGAUAUCGAUCAGUGUGGUGUUGUUGCUCGAUAGCGACGAGCAUGAUGCAGUUGGCGGGCAUUACUGCCUGCGAGGGUGCAGUUACGUGAGUGCGCGGCGCAAGCUCAUGGCAACGUCAUUUGAAGUCAGAGAUUGCGAAUGAUUGAAAGUGUAGGGAUGGAUAGGGUGGGUGGAUGGAGGAGGUGAUGUCGAAGAAUAGCGUGCAUGCGCUAGUCCCAGCCGCACGUAGAUCAACGGGCAUCAUUAAUCUUGUGGGCGGCCAAGCGAGAUGCUGGCCUACGCAACCAUGCCGUGGGGUCCGCCCGCAUCCGAGACCUCAACGACGUCCAUCGCACGGGAAGCGUUUGACGCGCCGUCGCCGUCGCCGUCCAUCAAUAGCCCGUCAAUAUGGCUGGACGCGCAGAGGAGCGGUGCCGUUUGCAGCUGCUCGCCUGGGCCGGGAGUGCAGCAGUGCCGGUGAAGCGCGACUUCAGCCUUGCGGGCAGUGGCUUGCGUUGAAGGGUGCCUGGCGUCGUCGUCGCGAUAUGGUGCAGCGUCGGCCGUCCGGGGUCGCGCGAACGAGCGCUGACGUGUCGCGCCGCCGGCAGCGUGCAAACCGAUCAUUCUCAAAGACGUCGCUGCCCAGGUGCGUCUCGAGGGCGACGUCCGAAUGCGCGCAGGCUGCAGUGGGAGUGGACGAGUGGGAGGGCGGCUGUCUGCAGGUUCGGCGGCGCGAGUGAGGCGGUGAU